AUGGCUCCCGACCAGGCUGCUACAACAUCCUUUGCACAGGGAGAUUUCUCUCAAGAAGCUCUUGUAGCUCCCGGGCAUUCUGCCAACCUGGGGAACGGAUAUGCCGACACGAGUACUGAGCAUGAAAAACCGAACUGGUUCGAGCAGCUGCUGUUGACCCGCGACUUGUGGAGCCAGACUUGGAACAUCUACCUCUUCUGGGUUGCCGGAGUGGCCUUUGCUAUUGGGCAUCACGCCUACUAUGCUUCUCUCGAAGACAAGAUUGUUCACGGCGACGACCAGUUACUCAAGCUCCGUUACGGUACCAUUUUGGCUUUCGCAGCCAAGGCCAGCUUCGGAGCUUCAGUGUUGACAGCCUUUCGACAGCAAGUAUGGGCAACAGUCAGAUCAAAGCUAUUAGCCAUUGCUACCCUAGACGAUAUUUUUGCCGCGCACGAAACACCAUUCUCUCUACUCAACUUGGAAUUUCUCGCCCGCGCAAAGCUAGUGGCAAGCUUAGCAUUAUUUGGUUGGCUUUCGCCACUCAUCGUAAUCCUGACAACAAACACGCUUCUAGUGAAGCCAACACAGGAAGUUCAACAGACGAGGUGUUCCGGGGUCCGAACUCUGAACUUUUCUCAUGAAGGAGAAAAUGAUUGGCGACACACGCCAAAGAUCGAGGGUCUAUGGGAAAUCUCCUUGAGCGAGUGGAAUGUCACAAGAGAAAACACAUCUGAACCUUACUUCUUCGACUACUGGGCCAUGAGGAGCGUUUGGGGUGACCAAAUGUUCUCGGCGACAACCGCAUUGCAGCGCCCAUACACCAAUUUGGACGACACCUUCGUUGUUUGUGAGAAGGGCUGGAACUGCACUGUCGAGAUCAAGUUUGUUGCUCCUGCUUACAAGUGCCAAGAGCAGGCUAGAGGUGUUGGCGCCCAAAUUCGCAGCCUUCAACAGGAAUCAGGAGAGGCUCACUCACCGAUUGACUUCAACUUGCUUGCACCAAUUGGAAGUUACACAUACAUCAGCAAUGCAGGGCUUGGACACUACUCUAAUACGCAGUUGAAGGCAGUUAAUCUUGGUGGAAUACCCUUGAUGAAUCCGCCGUUCCCCGAAAAUCUUGGCGCAUUUAGAACCGACCCGGUGGUCUGGGUUGGAUACUCAGAAAUCGUGGACUCGUCAGUUCCGCCGUUUCUGCAAGAAAACCAAACAUUUCCAUUCAACCGAAAGGCAUGGGAGCCGGUGUUAGUUGCAUGCGAGCACUACGAAGCCGAUUAUACCGUUGAACUCAGAUACAUAGAUGGGAUGCAACCUCAUCGCAUCAAGGAACGCAAGCUCUUAUCUCCCACUAUCAACACAACUUUUAUGGAAGGUGCCACUGCGAAUGACGGAACCGACGACGACACUUUGGCAGUACCAGAGAGCAAUUAUAUCUUCCCAACUGAUGUGAAGAGAUACAAGCGAACUGCUGCUGGAUGA